AUGCCGCACUUUCACCAUAGGAAGGUGUGGUGGGUCUUGCCUGUGCUGUGGGGGAGGUUAACGGGUCCUGUCCUCGACCUCUCGGCAACUCUUCUCUCUCCGGUCUCCGCAGUCUGCGGGAGCAUGGACAUUCGCGUGGAUGUCUCCCAGCUGCAGAAGCUGGAGAACUGCACCGUCAUCGAGGGCAACCUGCAGAUCCUUCUGAUGUUCACCACCAGCAGCGAGCACUUCCGGCACCUGCGUUUCCCCCGCCUGGUCAUGAUCACGGAGUACCUGCUACUCUUCCGGGUCUACGGGCUGGAGAGCUUGCGGGACCUCUUCCCCAACCUGGCAGUCAUUCGCGGGACCAGCCUCUUCUUCAACUACGCCCUGGUGAUCUUCGAAAUGCCGCAUCUGCGUGACAUCGGCCUCCACAGCCUGACCAACAUCUUGAACGGUUCCGUGCGCAUUGAGCGCAACCAGGAGCUCUGCCACAUCUCCACCAUCGACUGGGGGCUGCUGCAACCCCACUCACUUGAGCAGAACAUCAUCUUGCACAACAAGCCUGUGGAGGAGUGUGCGGAUGUGUGCCCGGGGAUUCUGGACGUGGAGAAGCCCUGUGUCCAGACCCAGACGAGCAUCAAUGGCCGGAUGGAGUACCGCUGCUGGACCUCCAGCAACUGCCAGAAAGUGUGCCCCUGCAAAGGGGGCGUUGCCUGCACGGGCUCCGGCGAGUGCUGCCACCCGGAGUGCCUGGGGAGCUGCAGCGCCCCCCGGGACCACCAGGCCUGCGUCACCUGCCGCCACUUCUACUUCAACGGCCUCUGCCUGCGUUCCUGCCCGGACCGCACCUACCAGUACGAGAGGUGGCGCUGCGUGACGGCCGAGGACUGCGCCAGCCUGCGCAAGGUGUCGGAGAAUCCCCGGGAGUCCUCCCAGUUCGUAAUCCACCAGAAGCAGUGCCUGUCGGAGUGCCCGUCCGGUUACCAGAGGAACGAGAGCAGCAUCUUCUGCCACAAGUGCGAGGGCCUGUGCCCGAAGGAGUGCAAAGUCGGCACCAAGACCGUGGACUCCACAAGGGCGGCGAAGGACCUCUCCGGCUGCACGCUGAUUGAGGGCAACCUGAUCAUCAACAUCCGCCGGGGGGACAACCUGGCCUUGGAACUGCAGGGCAGCCUGGGACUGAUUGAGACCAUCACUGGGUUUCUGAAGAUCAAGCACUCCUUUGCCCUUAUCUCCUUGUCCUUCUUCAAGAACCUCAAGCUCAUCCGGGGGGACUCCAUGGUGGACGGCAAUUACACCCUCUACGUGCUGGACAACCCCAAUCUGCAGCAGCUGUGGGACUGGGGCCACCACACCCUCUCCAUCCCCGUGGGCAAGAUGUACUUUGCUUUCAACCCAAAGCUUUGCCUCUCCGAGAUCUUCCGCAUGGAGGAGAUCACAGGGACCAAGGGCAGGCAGAACAAAGCGGAGAUCAACCCCCGGACCAACGGCGACCGAGCCUCCUGUGAGCCCUUCCAGAACGUGACGGGACACGUGGGCCAGGACGCCUGCGGAGCCAACAGCUGGAACGUGGUGGACGUGGACCUUCCGCUGAGCAGCGACCAAGAGCCGGGCGUGGGGCUGCAGAGCCUCAAGCCCUGGACCCAGUACGCCCUCUUCGUGCGGGCCAUCACCCUCACCACUGCCGAGGAAGGGCGCAACUACGGGGCCCAGAGCGAGGUGGUCUACAUACGCACCCUGCCUGCAGCUCCGACUGUGCCGCGGGACGUCAUCUCCAUGUCCAACUCGUCUUCCCACCUCAUUGUGCGAUGGAAGCCGCCCACCCACCCCAACGGCAACCUGACCUACUACUUGGUUUUGUGGCAGCAGCUGGCGGAAGAUGCCGAGCUGUACGUCAAUGACUACUGCCACAAGGGCCUCCGGUUGCCGACCAGCAGCGCGGACACCCGCUUCGACACGGACGACAGCGAGGGCCUCAACAAGGGCUCCGAGGAAGACCACUGUUGCCCCUGCCACAGCCCCGUGGGGCAGCCCCCCCUGCAGCCAGAGUCUUUCCGGAAGAGGUUUGAGAACUUCCUGCACAACUCCAUCAUCAUGCCCAGGCCUCCCUGGAAAGUAACCUCUGUGAACAAGACCUAUUACAGGAUCCCAAAGAGGCGUCGGGACACCUCGGCACUGAUGACCACGCUCGGCCACGUCUUCCCCGACGCCUCCUCUCUGGAGACCCCGGGGAACGCGGCCGGCCUGAACCGCACGGGGGCCGACCCUAAAGCUGAGGCGGAGUUCCGCAUCUUUGAAGACAAAGUGGUUCGGGAUCGGACUGUCAUUUCUCACCUGUGCCACUUCACGGAGUACCGCAUCGACAUCCACGCCUGCAACCAUGCCGCGCAGACCGUGGGCUGCAGCGCGGCCACUUUUGUCUUUGCCAGGACCAUGCCGGAACCUCAUGCGGACGAUAUUCCCGGCAACGUGACCUGGGAGGCGGCCAACAAGAACAGCGUCCACCUGAGAUGGGAGGAGCCCAAGAACCCCAACGGCCUCAUCCUGAAGUACGAGAUCAAGUACAGCUGGGAGAACGAGAAAGUCCCGACCGUGGUUUGCGUUUCCCGCCACCGCUAUGCACAAGACGGAGGCUUCCACCUCGCCCUGCUCCAGCCGGGGAACUACUCUGCCAAGGUCCGAGCCACUUCCUUGGCGGGGAACGGCUCGUGGACCGGACUCAUCAAGUUCUCCAUUCCCGGGCCAGUAGAGGAAGAGGAGCCGGGCAACUUCUACGUGCUGCUGACCCUCAUGCCCGUCCUGCUGAUGGUGGGCAUCACCUCCCUGGCCGUCUUUGUCUUCUUAUACAACAAGAAGAGGAGCAACGACGGAUACCCCAGCGGGGCGCUUUACGCAUCGGUCAAUCCCGAGUACUUCAGCACCUCAAACAUGUACAUUCCGGACGAGUGGGAGGUGCCCCGGGAGAAGAUCACGGUGCUGCGGGAGCUGGGCCAGGGCUCCUUCGGGAUGGUCUACGAAGGGAUCGCCAAGGACCUCGAGCAGGAGGGCCAGGAGACCAGAGUCGCCCUGAAGACGGUCAACGAGACGGCCACCCGCAGGGAGAGCAUCGAGUUCCUCAACGAGGCCUCCGUGAUGAAGGCCUUCCGGUGCCACCACGUGGUCCGUCUCCUGGGCGUGGUCUCCCAAGGGCAGCCGGCCCUGGUCAUUAUGGAGCUGAUGACGCGAGGAGACUUGAAGAGCUACCUCCGUUCUCUCAGGCCAGACGCAGAGAACAACCCCGGCCUGCCUCCCCCCUCGCUGAAGGACAUGAUCCAGAUGGCUGGAGAAAUCGCGGACGGCAUGGCCUACCUGAAUGCCAAGAAGUUUGUUCACCGGGACCUGGCUGCCCGCAACUGCAUGGUCUCUGAGGACUUCACCGUGAAGAUUGGAGACUUUGGCAUGACCAGAGACAUCUACGAGACGGACUAUUACCGCAAAGGUGGGAAAGGAUUGCUGCCGGUCCGCUGGAUGUCCCCCGAGUCCCUGAAGGACGGGAUCUUCAACACACAGUCCGACAUCUGGUCCUUUGGGGUGGUGCUGUGGGAGAUCACGACGCUGGCGGAGCAGCCGUACCAGGGCAUGUCCAACGAGCAGGUCCUGCGCUUCGUCAUGGACAACGGGGUGCUGGAGAGACCGGAGACCUGUCCGGACAAACUGCACGAGCUGAUGACCGGGUGCUGGCAGCAGAACCCCCGCCUCCGCCCCUCCUUCAUCCAGAUCCUGGCGAGCAUCCAGGACGACAUGAGCGCCGGCUUCCACCAGCACGCCUUCUUCUGCAGCGCGGAGAACAAGCGCCGCAGCUCCUGGGAGGAGACGACCACCGCGCCAGAGACUGAGGCAGACCUGCUGCUGCUGCUGCUCAGCCUGGCCAGCGUUCCGCCCUCACCCUCCAGCCCACCACCGGCGAGGAGGCUGCAGGGACGGACCCCUGACGGGAUGGGAACCGGUCAGCACCCGCAAGCUCACAACUGCCGCAGAGACCCCAGUCCUGGCGAGGUUACGGCAGCGUGUGCCGAGGGGCUGGCUCUGCAGGUGCUGGAGCGCAAAGGGAUGGCGAGGUGA